AGGGGAGCCGGGGUCCCGCAGGGGGCAUCCGAGAGCCGUGGGUCCCCCGCCCCGCCCCGCCCCGCCCCCGCAGCCGUCCGCCCCGCCCCGCGGCCCCCAAGUGCCCCGCGCUGCCCGCGCCGCCGGCCCUUCCGCCUCUCCGGCCGGGCACGGAGCGGACGGCGGGCCAUGCAGCGGGCGGCGGGGAAGGAGCUCGCCCUGGCGCCGCUGCAGGACUGGGGCGAGGAGACCGAGGACGGCGCGGUGUACAGCGUGUCCCUGCGGCGGCAGCGCAGCCAGCGCGGGAGCCCGCUGGCCGGGCCCGGCGGCGGCCAGGCCCCCAGCCCGGAUGCGGGCACCUUCCUCCACUACCGCACCAGCAAGGUGCGCGUGCUGCGGGCGGCGCACCUGGAGCGGCUGGUGCGGGAGCUGGUGUCUGUGGACCGUGAGCAGGACCCCGGCUUCGUUCCUACUUUCCUGGCCACCCACCAGGCCUUUGUGCCCACGGCUCGCGUUCUGGGCCUUCUCCUGCCACCGCCUCCGCCGCCCUUGCCGCCCUGGGUGGAGAUCAAGAAGACAGAGGGACAGGAUCUCAGCUUCAACAAGAACCUGAGGGCUGUGGUGUCUGUGCUGGGCUCCUGGCUGCGGGACCACCCUCAGGACUUCUGGGACCCCCCUGCCCACUCGGACCUGGGCAGCGUCCGCACCUUUCUGGGCUGGGCUGCCCCACUGGGGCCUGAGGCCCUGGAAGCAGAGAAGCUGCUGAGAGAUUUCCUGGAGGCGGCUGAGCAGGAGCAGGAAGAGGAGGAGGAGCAGCCUCAGGCUUCGGCAGGACCUCCUGGAGCUGCCCGGACCCCCAGCCCAGACUCGCCCGAAGGCUCCGUGGAAGAGGAGGAAGGGCUGGUGCAAGAAGGCCCUGAGCUCCUGGACUUCAGUGCAGACCAAGUGGCUGAGCAGUUGACUCUGAUGGACGUGGAACUCUUCUCCCGCGUGCGGCCCUGCGAGUGCCUGGGUUCCGUGUGGUCCCAGCGGGACCGGCCGGGGGCCGCCGGCAUCGCCCCGACCGUGCGCGCCACCGUGACCCAGUUCAACCUGGUGACCGGCUGCGUGCUGGGCUCGGUGCUGGGCGCGCCGGGCCUGGCUGCCCCGCAGAGGGCGCAGCGGCUGGAGAAGUGGAUCCGCAUUGCCCAGCGCUGCAGGGAGCUGCGGAACUUCUCCUCGCUGCGCGCCAUCCUGUCCGCCCUGCAGUCUAACCCCAUAUACCGGCUCAAGAGCAGCUGGGGCGCUGUGAGCAGGGAGCCGUUAUCCACGUUCAGGAAACUGUCGCAGAUUUUCUCGGACGAGAACAACCAUCUCAGCAGCAGAGAGAUUCUUUCCCAGGAGGAGGCCUCUGAGGGACCCCGAGAGGAGAAUUCUCCCCCGGGAAGCCUGCCUUCAAAACUGCCCCCAGGCCCGGUUCCCUACCUUGGCACCUUCCUCACGGACCUGGUUAUGCUGGACACAGCCCUGCCGGACAUGCUAGAGGGGGAUCUCAUCAACUUUGAGAAGAGGAGGAAGGAGUGGGAGAUCCUGGCCCGAAUCCAGCAGCUGCAGAAGCGCUGUCGGAGCUACUGCCUGAGCCCCUGCCCGCCCAUCCUGGCUGCCCUGCGUGCCCAGCGCCAGCUCAGUGAGGAGCAGAGCUACCGUGUCUCCCGUGUCAUUGAGCCACCAGCCGCCUCCUGUCCCAGCUCCCCACGUGUGCGGCGACGAAUCAGCCUCACCAAGCGUCUCAGUGCGAAGCUGUCCAGGGAGAGAGGCGCAUCUCCUGGUGGGAGUCCUGGGGACCCCUCAUCCCCCACUUCCAGUCUGUCCCCAGGGUCUCCCCCUUCCAGCCCUAGAAUGAGGGACCCUCCUCCUGGAAGUCCCCCAGCCUCUCCCGGGCCCCAGAGCCCCAGCACCAAGCUGCCCUUGGCCUUGACCCUGAGCUGUCCUCGAAUCCCCCACGUGGGGCAGCAAGGCUCAGAGGCCCGGGUCAUCCGCGUCAGCAUCGACAACGACCACGGGAACCUGUAUCGGAGCAUUCUGCUCACGAGUCAGGACAAGACCCCCAGUGUGGUGCAGAGAGCCUUACAGAAGCACAAUAUGGCCCAGUCCGGGGCCCGUGACUACCAGCUCUUUCAGGUCCUUCCUGGGGACAAGGAGCUCCUGAUUCCUGACAACGCCAACGUCUUCUAUGCCAUGAGUCCAGCUGCCCCUGGAGACUUCAUGCUGCGGCGGCGGAAGAAGGAGAGGCCCAGCACACAACCUCAGGCUCCCCGACCUGAGCUGGCUCUCUCCUGCCUCCGGGACACAGGCCCCACGGGCAGCUUCUAUCGCCAUGGGGGCAGCAAGGGCACUCCUCUCCCAGCAGAGCCCAUUGUGCUCCAUAUCCUGUGACCCUUUCCCCCUAACUGUCCUGGGCCCCAUCCCGCUGACCCUCUUGGCACUGGGUCCCUAUUCCCAAGUCCUCAGCUCACGGGGCGGCUGGUGGAGAGCGCUAUUGCAUCCUGGAGGUCAGACCCCUCCCUAGAGAAGUCUGGUAACUGCUGGAGAGGCAUCAAAACAGACAGAAGUAGAUGAAAACAGUGACCAAAGAUAUGAAACAGGAGUCGGUCUUCUUUGUUUGGUACCCGUGCCUCAUGUCCAUGCUUCGUUAAGAUAAAAAUGUAAAAGCAAAGAACUAAGAGCCCUAAGGACAGGAUUGGGUGAAGUGUGACCAGACACUGGGGGAAGGGUGGCGGUCAUACACACAGGUUUCAGGACUCCCUCCCCCAACAUUUUUGGGGUGCUGUGCUGCUCUUCUGGGUGUAUAUGGGAGAUGAAGAAAUGAAAUUCCUUUGGAAUCAGAGACAACAUCAUCACCCAUGAGUCAAUAGGGCUGUGAGGACGAAGGUGAAGCUGAGUUGUCUCUCAGUACUGGGGUAGGAAGGAGAGACAGGUAGAGCCCAUCCAGCCAUGGCUCAGUGGUUGAGCAUCGACCUGUGAACCAGGAGGUCAUGGUUGCAUUUCCAGUCAGGGCAAAUGCCUUGGUUGCAGGUAGGGGGUGUGUAGAAGGCAGCGAUCAAUGAUUCUCCUCAUUAAUGAUUCUACUUCUCCCUCUCCCUUCCUCUUUUAUAUAUAUAUAUAUAUAUAUAUAUAUAUAUAUAUAUAUAUAUAUAUAUAUAUAUAAAUUUUUUUUAAGAAGAAGAAACAGGUAGAGAAGGCAGAGAUGGAGUGAGCUAUAGGGCCAUCUACAAGUCAUAGCAAGAACAAUGAUAUGCCCACUUAUGAACUCUAAUCUAUGCUGGACAAUAACUAGGGGCUUUGUAUUUCACUGUAUUAAUCAGGAUUCUUUAUGUUCAAGUGGUCAAAAAUCCAAUUCAAGUAGGCACAUGGACAAAGGAAAUCAGUGGCUUGUGUAAUUAAAAAAUCCAGUGGGUCCACUUCAGGUACAGUUGGACUGAAAAGAUGUCAUCAGGAUUCUGUUGCUGUCUCUUGGCUCCAAUUUUGCUCUAAGAAUGAGACUGUCUAUUGUCCCCUCCAAUCCAAUCACCUGCUAUGGUGAUAGAACUUGUGGUUUUCACCUGGUCACCCAGAGUAAAAACUGCAUUUCCAGUCUCCUUUGCAGCAAAGUGCGAUCAUGUGACCAAGCCCCGGCCAAUGAGAUGUCAAAGGAAAGGAUGUGGGCAAAUUCUAGGCCCUGCCCUUAAAGGGGUAGUCCUUCCCUCCCCCUCUUCUGCGUCCCGCUGUGUGGAGUGGAUCCUGUGGGGUCGGGUGGGCCACACCCUCUAAAUAACUGAGCAACAGAACGAAAGGAGCAUGGAACUGCCAGACUGUAUUGCUGCUAGUUGGAUUGUUGCCUAAGCGAGAAAUAAAUGUCUAUUUUACUUGAA